AUGGGGACGUAUCUGGUGUCGCGCGGCGGCGGCGGCAGGAAGUAUCAGUCCUUCUACGCGCUGCCUUUCAGCUCGAGGGUGGUGGACGCGACGCUGGCGCACGCCUUCUUGUCGGCCAUCGCCGCAGGUUUGUACAAGGGCGACCCCCUUCGGAGCGCGGCAUCGGACGGCACCUGGCGCCUCGCGACCGAAACGGGUGAUGCGGCCAUCUGGGUGCACAUCCACCAGACGGCGCAGACCGCGCAGUGCAUAAAUCGCAUGUACCGCGCAUCUCCGUGCGGCAGCGCCGACGGCGCGGGGUCGCUGGUGUUGAUGCCAACGACGGUGCACGCCUACUCAUGCUUCGGCGGCGUCGACACGCAGAACAUGCAGCUACUCAGCAGCUUCAACUCCAUCGUGAAGCAGACGCUGAACGCGUCUUUCCUUGGCAUCCGCCAGCAGAACCUGGAUGACGUGUAUGCAGUGUACACCGGCACCCUGGGGUCUGUAUUCAGCGCCAUGACCGCCUGGGUGGCGGCACUGGGCAUUGCGUUCUUGGUGAUGAGCGCGCGCCGCGCACGCCCGCUGUGGCGGCAAUUCCAGGCGUCACAGGAGGGGGCCACAGCGGAGGGGGUUGGGGGCACGUGA